UAUAGCAUCACAAAUAGGUGAUGUUUAUCUUCCGGUUGAAGUCGAAAGAAGAAUUUAAUUAUCAUUUCAAACUGUGUCUUUGUUAAUCACAUUAUGUUGUAAACCCAACGGUUUACAAAUGACAGUCGCACUACUAAACAUCCGUUUUGAAAUCUGCGAACCGUGUGAAACAGUCCCAAACAUUGAAUUUAGUGCAAAAGGUUUGAUAGUGCCUGCAGACAAGUCCGCUGGCAGGGCAAGCUACGCCUCUGUUGUUCAAGAAGACACACCACCACCUACACCUGACGAGGAGAGAGAACUGGGUUUGAACGAUUACCGUGGCUGUCGGAAACCACAUGACAUACAGAUUGAGACUUACAACUGUAAAGAUUUUGACCUCUCUGGAAUAGAAGCGUUUUUGGAAGGAAGUCCUAUUUCAAUGACCUCUAACUUUGAAUCAGAGGUCGAUGUUGGUGAAUUAAAGAGUGGCACAAGGGAGUCAUCCAUUAAAGAAAAUGAUACCCAUAAACUAGAUGACAUUGACCAGGAACACAAAGAACUGACACAGAAUGCUGUAGCUGACUUUGAGAAUGUCUGUGACAAGCAGAUGUAUGAUAGUGGUGUAAGACCUAAAUCUCAGAGCCCUACACCCAAAGGAUUAUCUGCAAUUCACUUCUAUUCUGGUAACCCUACUGUGGAGAAGGUGAAGGGAAUUCUACAUAUUUACAAGGAUAAUCAUUUAACGAGCCUGUCAGAUGAGACACAGAGGAGUGAGCUGAUCUGUAUGUUAGCUGUUCCUGCUAAAUAUACCAUUCACGAUCUGCUCAAGUUCAAUGGACCUUGUUUGGCUGGUAUAGAGUAUAUGAGGAUAAUCAGAGAUGGUUCUCCAAACCAGUACAUGGUGCUUGUCAAGUUUAGAAAUCAGAAGUUUGCUGACGAGUAUUAUACAGCAUAUAACAACACAACAUUCAACAGUAUAGAGACAGAUAUUUGUCAUCUUGUGUAUGUUGGUAGAGUUGAAAUGCUGAAGGAAUCUGAGAAUGCAUGCAUGCCGGUACCAGGAAUGACAGAGCUGCCAAACUGUCCUGUGUGUCUGGAAAGAAUGGAUGAAUCAGUAGAUGGGAUAUUGACCAUAUUGUGCAAUCAUGCCUUCCAUAUGGAGUGUUUGGAUAAGUGGGGAGACACAAGUUGUCCUGUGUGUAGAUACUGUCAAACACCUGAAGAAGCAGCAGACAAUAGAUGUAUGAAGUGUGGCUCACAAGAGAGUUUAUGGAUUUGUCUAAUUUGUGGAAACAUUGGCUGUGGUCGGUAUGUCGGGCUGCAUGCGUUCAGACAUUUUCAAGAGACCCAUCAUACCUAUGCUAUGGAGUUAGGUAACAAUAAAGUGUGGGACUAUAUUGGUGAUAACUAUGUACAUAGGCUGGUGCAGAAUAAAUCUGAUGGUAAAUUGGUGCGAGUUGAUGAAGGAGGAAAUCCUGUACAAGAUGAAAAAAUGGAUGCUUUAAAUUUAGAGUACACAUAUUUGUUGACCAAUCAACUUGAAUCUCAACGCUUGUAUUUUGAAGAAAAGAUUGAAGAAGUUGAAAAAACAGUAUUGGGAAAGGUACACUUAGUUGAAGAGGAGAACUUGAAUUUAGCGGAGCAGUGUAGUCAUUUGCAUGUAACACUUGAAGCAGCCAACAAAGAAAAACAACUCUGUGAGAAAAAAUGCUCUCAUUUACAGACACGAUUGAAGAAGGCUUUACAUGAUCUGCAAGAAGAGAAAGAAAUGAACAAAUGUUUAUUAGAAAAUCAACUAGUUUGGCAAAAACGAGUUACCUCCCUUGAAAAUGAAAUGAAGGACUUCACAGCUGCCAAAGAUAAAGAACUGCAAGACUUGAGGGAACAGUUACGUGAUGUAAUGUUUUAUGUAGAAGCCCAAGGUAAACUCCAGCAUGCUGAGGGUGUGUCGCAGGAAGAGAUUGAAGGAAGUCAUGUGAUUGUCGGUGCAGCAUCCGGCACCUCUACACACAGUCGUAAAGCAAGAAAAAAACAAAGAUGAAAACUGAAUAUAUAUUAUUUACAUAGUUACAUUACUGUAGUGAAAAGUGUGGGAAAUAUUUACGUCUUCUGUUGAGCUGGAAUAGUGGAGUUAGAAAGACAAUGCUAGGUUCCUGUGUUAGGAUAAGGAAUUCUGAACAAUAAUGGGAGAGACAGACUUAUCAUGUGGUAUCAUCCUUUACCUGUUGUCCAUUGUCCAUAGUUUUACAUUCUAGAGGUUACAAUUUUAGACCAGUCAUAAUGAAACUUUGUCAGACCAGAUUAAUACUUGGUUAUCUAGUGUCAAAAACAUUAGAUCAGUUCUUAAAAAACUUUGUGAAAAUUUUAUAAUUCCACAUUUUCUACUAAAUUUAACAUGUAUAAUCAAAACUAGGUAGAUAGGUCAAAACUUGAGCAUCUUGAGCCCAUGAUGGUCCCCAGCAACAAAAUUCCUGGAUUAUACAGAACAACCACAGCAGUAAUACUUUUAAGGCUUGGCCUUCAUCAGUUUAUUAUGUUCUGGAAAAAAAUCGGCAUACAGUUAAGUUGCAUUACUUAUUUACCCAAACAUUUUACAAAAUAUUUUUAUUUUGCUAUUGGACAAUUAUUAUGCUCCCUUGGCAAAGAGAAGGUAUGCUGUUUUGCUCAAAUUCUAAAGGCUGGUCUGGUCAAUAGACUGUUUGGUCUUGCAUUCUUGAACCUAUAGUGGUCAAACUUCAUAGGACGAAUGCCAAUGGUCAGAGGUCUCCGUGGCCAAAUGGUUGCCCCUCAUCGAUGUGGGUUCGAGCCUCACUCGGGGCUUUGAACUCUUCAUGUGAGGAAGUCAUCCAGCUGGCUUACGGAAGGUCGUGGUUCUACCCAGGUGCCCGUGAUGAAAUAAUGCACGGAGGGGUAUCUGGGGGUCUUCCUCUACCAUCAAAGCUGGAAAGUCGCCAUGUGACCUAUAAUUGUUGGUGCGACAUUAAACCCAACAAAAUAAAAUAAAUAAAGAAUGCCUGUGGUUAGUACUAAACUCGUAUAUUUGGGGUCAGUAGGUCAGUACAGUGAACUUGAUAAUGAAAUCAAUACUGAUUAAUAAGUAAAGAACACUUUCUUUCUGCCCUCAAAUUUUUAAGGAUGCCUUUGGCCAACAGAUGGUCCGAAUGGUUCUGUAGGUCAGUAGGUCAAAGGGAAAUACUACAUUGGCCUAGAGUCUGAAAAUGGUUUCCCAAAAAUAAAUGGAGACUGAUUGGUCGUUUGAUUGCUAAUGUUCUUAUGAUGAUUUCCUGUGGUCAGUAGGUAACCCUUGUUCAUUAGUUAAUUUGUGUCAAGGUCACAGUGACCAUGAUAUUCAAAAUGGUUUCUGAUCAAUGUCUGGAACACUUAGUGUUGUCAUAAUUUCGAAGGUUAUCACAGCAAUGAAAAUAACAUACCCAGCUUCCACUGACAGACCAAUUCUUGUUUGUAUAAAACAUUUUAAAGAUAAUUUUCUUUUUAUAGCCCUGAUGGUGUUGUGUUUAAUUUUUCUACCAAUCACCUCAUUGAUGUUUUUACCUGAUUGUCAUUUACACCAUUUUAUUUUUAGCUCACCUGUCACAUAGUGACAAGGUGAGCUUUUGUGAUCACCUGUCGUCCGUCGUCAGUCUGUGCGUGCGUACGUCAACAAUUUCUUGUUUGCACGAUAGUGGUUUUAUUUAUGAUUUUAUUUUAACCAAACUUGUUCACAACUUGUAUCACCAUAAGAUCUCGAUUCUUUUCUUGAACUGGCCAGAUCCCAUUAUGGGUUCCAGAGUUAUGGCCCCUGAAAGGGCCAAAAUUAGCUAUUUUGACCUUGUCUGCACAAUAGCAGCUUUAUUUAUGAUUUGAUUUUUACCAAACUUGCGUACAACUUGUAUCACCAUAAUAUCUUGGUUCCUUUCUGGAACUGGCCAGAUUCCUUUAUGGGUUCCAGAGUAAUGGCCCCUGAAAGGCCCAAAAAUAGCUAUUUUGACCUUGUCUGCACAAUAGCAGCUUUAUUUAUGAUUUGAUUUUUACCAAACUUGCACACAACAUGUAUCACCAUAAGAUCUUGGUUCCUUUCUGGAACUGGCAAGAUUCCAUCAUGGGUUCCAGAGUUAUGGCCCCUUAAAGAUCCGAAAUUGGCUAUUUUGGCUUUUGCAGCCAUAUAGAGACUUCAUUUAUGGUUUUAUUUGAUACAAACUUCCAAAAUAUCUUCAACAACAAUAAAUUUUUGAUUCCAUGACAAAUCAGAUCCAGUCGUAGGUUUCAGAGUUAUUUUAUACCUGAUUACCUCCCCUGAUUGUAAUAAAUAUGGAUUUAUAUCAGUAAAUAUUUACAGGACUUAUUUGAAAUUUCAUUAUUGUUAUUAGUUGGACUAAGACAAUCAGGGUAGAUACAAUGUACUGAUUUUUUGUCAAAUUACCUCCCUUUAUUUCAAAUUAAAAUGGGUAUAUCUCCGUAACUAAUGAAGAUACUGAUCUGAAAUUUCAUUUAUGUCAACAGAUUUAUUUGGCAGAUCUUUCUUUUGUUCACUUAUAAUUUCUUUUUUUAAUUACUUCACAUUUACUUUACUAUAAAUAGCUUAUUUUUAGUAACUUUUUUAUUAUUGGCCAUAGGGAAAAACGGAGACCACUUUUCUGUGGUACAACAUGGAUGGUACCUCCAAUUUUUAGGUAUAUUUUGACAUAUCUAUACCUUGUAAGAAUUUUUUUUCUUUUUGGUUAAAUUUCUUCCCUUUGUUGUUCCUGUCCUUUGGACUUAGAUAUUUUUUCUGAGGACCUUCUUGUCCUCAAGGGCAGUGAUAACAGGUGAGCGAUAUAGGGCCAUCAUGGCCCUCUUGUUAAUACAGUAUAUGUCAAGAAAAUGUAAGAUGGGAAUGUUAGUCAUACAUAAUUAUUAGGUAAUUAUCUUAUAUUUCAGUUCUCACAUAGAAAUUAUGACAUGUUUAUAAAUUCAUCCCCAUUUUGAAUGAGAAUAAAUGCAAUAAUGUCAUUACAUUCAGUUGAUUUAAACCAAUGAUUCUACAAAGUAAUGAUUAUGAUUUUUUUUUCCGUGCAUGUUUUUAGCUUGUCUGAAUUAUGAAAAAGAUCUACAAGGUAUUGUUGUCAAUUGAUUGUUGGCAUUGGUUACAAUUUUUGUUUAGGCCCAUUUUUACUCAAAACUUUAUAAGCUAUAGCUUUGAAACUUUGAACAUAUGUUUAUCAUCAUUAGAUGAGUAAGUAGGCCCAGAAUUAUGGCUCCUUAUUUGCUUAGAAAAUCAUAAAUUCUUGGAUAUGUCCACUUUGCAUGAUUACUUUAAGAAUAAUAGCUUUGAAACUGUGUACCCUUGUUUUAUUGUCAUAAGAUGAGUAAGCAGCUCAAGAACCAUAAUUUUUUUUUCAUUUUUUAAGAAUUAUGGAUCUUUUUAACUUUAAAAAGAAAAUCAAUAUUUCUUUGUUGAAUACUAUAGCUUUGAAACUUUAUACAUUUGUACAUUGUUUUUGUUAUCAGAAGGCCAAGAACUGUAACUGUUUUCUUGCAUAUUGUCUACAUAGAACACUUACAGAUGAGUGUUGGCAUCUGAAGGCAGUUCACUUAUUAGCAUGUUGUUCUGACAUUACUGAGGUCCCUUGUCUGUAACUAACUUUAGCUGUGACUAUGAGUUCGUAAUUUUAAGUCAGUGUACAUCUUGCACACCAUAGUAUUUGUGUCACACAGUUGUCAUAUAUGAACCAUGGAUUAGCAUUGUGAGCAGUUAAAGAAAUAUGGUACCCCUGUGGGAUUAUAAUUUUCAUAAUUAUGUUCAUCCUCUCAAGAAUAUUUGAGACACUGCUCUAUAUUGUUGAUGUAUUGAUGUGAAUAUGUAUUUGUUAUGUUAAAAUGCUCUUUAUAUUUUAAUUUAUCUAUGUUGUAUUUAUAAUACAAGAUUUGUUUCUUAAUGAAAAAUAAAUGAUAUUUAUGAAA